AUGACUGACUAUCCCUCAACACCACCACCCCCGUCGCCUUCCACGGCGACGAUCCCUCGCUCAUCAAGUGUGCCCCGUCUUGCCAACUCGAAGCUCUUCUCUCCCCAGAACGAGACCUCUGCCAUUACUACGCGCGGUCACCACCUGCCCUCGCUACUAAACAGCACGCGCCGGCCGUCAACCAUACGCAGCACCGAGCGUCGCGGCAGCGAAACUGAGGACGAGGAUAUCGAAGCAUACAGACACGGACUUAUGAUGGCUUAUGACCGCGAUUCUGACCGGAGGAGUAGCAUCGGUGCACACAUUCUCAAUACACCACAAAUGCGAAGUCAACGGCUGAUUGGAAACUCCAAUCCCAGGUACAAGUGGGAGAAAUACUACAAGCAUGAAGAAGACCUCAAGGGCAUGAAGAAGCCGAUCCGUGAAUACUACGAGCGCAACAACCAGCUCAUCCAGAACUACAUGUACAUCGACCGUCUUCUCGACUCUUCACUGCCGCACAACCUCAUCCAGGAGUACACAAACCUGGAAUCGGGCGCGGUCAAGAUUCCCACCACAAUCACAGAGGAAUCCUCGUCUAUAGGAACGCCAGCCCUCGACGGCCGCAGCUCCGGUACAACCACUCCUGGGCUCUCCAGUGGGGGUAGAACUGGUUCAUCAGGCAGUCUCAAUGGCAAUGGCAACGGCGCGCAGAAGCCCAUGGUCAAGCGCACACCAAAGAACCUCUACAAAGUCCCCGAGAUUGACGAGAACACGCCGCUACUGGCAAACGAAAAUGCUAUUCACGACGAGGACGACCUUGAAGCAGCUAAGUCAAAGCUCAUGGACUGGGUCCCGGAAGAAGACGAAGACACCGAAAGUCCCAUUGUCAAACUGGCUCUCUACGUCAAUCUCAGCGCAAACACGGCCUUGCUGAUCUUGAAGAUUGUCGUCACAAUCAUGACAUCUUCGCUUUCCGUCGUCGCCAGCUUGGUCGACGCCGCGCUCGACUUUCUCUCUACCGCCAUCGUGUGGUUUACUUCCUGGAUGAUUGCACGUCAGGAUCGCUACGCAUACCCCGUUGGCCGCAGGCGACUCGAGCCCAUUGGUGUUUUGAUCUUCUCCGUCAUCAUGAUGACCUCCUUCUUCCAGGUCGGUAUCGAAGGUAUCUCGCGACUUACCGGUCCCGACCGCACGAUCGUCGAACUGGGUGUUCCAGCCGUUGCCAUCAUGGCCUCCACCGUCAUAAUCAAGGGUCUCUGCUGGGUCUGGUGCCGCCUCAUCCGCAACUCCAGUGUACAAGCCUUGGCCCAAGACGCCAUGACCGAUGUUGUCUUCAACACCUUUUCCAUCUUCUUCCCGCUCGUCGGCUACUUUGCUAAGAUCUGGUGGCUCGAUGCUCUCGGCGGUAUCUUGCUCUCUGCCUACGUCAUUAUCAACUGGGGUGCCACAUCUGCAGAGCACGUCCGUAACUUGACUGGUGCGAGUGCGACCGCUGACGAGAGGAACAUCCUACUCUACAUGACUAUGCGCUUCGCUAAGAGCAUUAAGCGGAUUCAGGGUCUCCAGGCAUACCAUGCCGGUGACAAGCUGAACGUCGAGGUCGACAUUGUCGUUGAUGAGAACCUCAGCCUGAGGGAUAGCCACGAUCUGGGUGAGAGUCUGCAGUACGUUCUUGAGAGUGUACCCUAUGUCGACCGUGCAUUCGUCCACAUCGACUACACAGACUACAACUUCCCAACACACAUGUCGCAGCAGGAGUGA